CUGCUUACCGAGUGUAGUUUACGGACGACUAUUGCCGAGGAGUCGCCUAACGUUAUGGAGUAGUGUGUGUGCUGGUGAUGAUGCAUUAUAUGUACAAAAUAAGCUUCAUCGUUUUACAGACACUUGUUAAGUAAGCCAAAUCGCGACUACGGGAGACGAUAGUGGCUUUUAACCAAGCACCGUCUUACUGAUGUCAACAGGUUGCCGUGUAGAGGGUUGUCAAGCCGCUUAGAUAGCUGGUCAAGCCGCUUGGAUACUUGGUCAAGCCGGUUGGAUAGCUGGUCCAGCCGCUUGGGUAGAUCGACAACACGAUGAACUCAUACCACGUCCUUGAGCUGGUUGGAGAGGGCUCCUUCGGCCGUGUUUACAAGGGCAGGAAACGGUUCACGGGACAGGUGGUGGCCUUGAAGUUUAUCCCAAAGGUGGGUCGGUCUGAGAAGGAGCUGCGGAGUCUCAAGAGGGAGAUCGAUAUCAUGAGGGGACUUCAACAUCCCAACAUUGUCCAAAUGUUUGACAGCUUUGAGACGGACAAAGAGGUUGUGGUUGUAACUGAGUAUGCAGAAGGGGAGUUAUUUCAGAUUCUAGAGGAUGAUGGCCAGCUUCCAGAGACCCAGGUGCAAGAGAUCGCCUGCCAGCUUGUCUCGGCGCUGUAUUAUUUACACUCCCAUCGAAUUCUCCAUCGAGACAUGAAACCACAAAACAUUCUCUUGGGAAAAUGUGGGGUGGUGAAACUAUGUGAUUUUGGUUUUGCCCGGUCCAUGAGCGUCUCCACCUUGGUGCUGACCUCCAUCAAGGGAACACCGCUGUACAUGUCCCCGGAGCUGGUGGAGGAGAAGCCGUACGACCACACCGCCGACCUCUGGUCCCUGGGGUGCAUCCUCUACGAGCUGCGCACAGGGGUGCCCCCCUUCUACACCAACUCCAUCUUCCAGCUGGUUCAGCUCAUUGUGAGGGACCCUGUGAAAUGGCCCCCGGACGCCAUGAGCGCCACCUGCAUGGGGUUUCUCAAAGGUUUGCUGACCAAAGAUCCCCAGAAGAGACUGUCAUGGCCGGAACUUUUGCACCACCCUUUCGUGGCCCACGGUGUUAUAGUGCUGCCAGGGGACAGUGUCUUCAGCCCCCUGACUGUGGCCCCCAGCCCUGACGUGCUGGCCCUGAAGCACCAGCAACUCAAGGAGAAGUCGGCUGGUUCUGGGAAGAACCGGUUGCUGCGCAAGGUCUUGUCCCAGAGAGACAACAACCAGAACAGAAGAGAGGGGGAAGCGGAGAGAGCAGUAGAAGACCCAGGAUCAAAGAGGACCUCUGCAGGCCGGCCCAACACCCUCAAUGACCCCGCGCCCCCCCAGGAAAAAGAGAAAGUCAAGGACGCAGCCAAGAUGUUCCUCAACCUGAAGAAACAAGCAGGCACGACUUCAAGACACAGGGGUCAGAUCAGCCGGGACUACGAACAGGAGUUUCCAUCUGUAGAGGUUGGCCCAAGGUUCGUACGGAACCUCAGCAAGGACGGACCAGAUCCUUCCCCUCUACAGGAGGAGCAGACUGAAGUAUAUUGGCGGAGGUUGGCCCUAGAAACUGAACCCGGGGAGCUGGCGUCGCCGGCAAACCACCACGUCAUUAUUCCUCAAGUGAAGAACAAAUUACUGGCUUUUAAAUCCCAGCUCUUGGGUGGGAUUCUGAAAGAGGCAUGGCAGAUUCUCCUUCCGUUGAGAGUCGUCUCCAAGCUGCUUCUGAACUCUGACCCUGAGAACUCUCUUCUUAUUGGCUGUGAACUGGGUCUGCCCCAUCUGCUCUUUGAUUUGACCAGCGUGAUGGUCGAUAAGCUUAGCGUUAUUAAGGAACCCUGGAUUGACGAUGUCCUCAGUCAAGUCCUUGCAGUACUUCUAGCGUACUGGGACAGGCAUGCUGAAUGGACCGAGGUCGAAAACAGUCUGGAAGAGCUUAUGAAGCCUGUUCUCAAGAUACUCAGUGAAACAGCUUCCACUCCUUCGGCAGCCGUGGCUGCAUCAGUUCUUUCUAUGUUCACCCACCAUGGAGUAUGUGUGGAUGUUGACAUCCGCACUCUGAGUGGCGUGCUUCAAAACUCUUCCCUGGACUCCAAGCCACAGGUCUUCCUCCCUCCAGGCUGGGGAAUAUGUGACGGUCUGCUGUCUCUGCUGCUCCACUCAGUCUCUGAGCCCGGGAAAGGCUCUCCUUCCACCUCUCCAGGACAAGAGAUUUGGUGUGAUCUGUGGAGAACCAUUGGUAACGCAUUGGACACACAGAUAAACCCUCACUUCUGCUCUACUAAGGGAUUGCAUUCGUUCCUGUCCGCCAUGCUGUGUGUUUUCACCAAAGACCCCGGCCUGUGUCCUCGUCUCUUCGCCGACAGCCAAUCAGAAUGCAUACACACGUUAGGCCUUGUGCUCCGCCGUUACAUGCCUAGGGGUUCUGAUGGGACCCCUACUGGGGUCCAGGAAGAGGACCUGGACGACCUGUUGGUGCUGAGCUGUCUGCUGCUCUGCUUCCCCUUCUCCCUGGACCUGUCGCCGACGACCCGGGCCAAGGUCCUGGACCUGUACGACCGCUGUGGGGUGGUGAAGGGUCUCCUGCAGAUGAUCCAGAGCCGCCCCCCCUCCCUGCUGGAACUCCCCCUCUCUCUGCUGAGUCGUCUGCUCCUGUGCGACCCGGGCCGCUUCGUUCCCCUCCUCACGACGGUCCCCGUGGAGGGGCCUCAGGGGCCGGACUUCUUCUUCCGCCCUGCCGGCGCGGACCCUCGACAGCCAACGCCGACCAUCCCCCGGGGAGGCCCCGCCUCCUCCGCACCCAGGACGGCCAGCUCCCUGCUGGGGGCCUUGCUGCAGGGCGAGGGGCCCUUGGACGCGACGGCGGCGGUGGAGCUCCUGGUGCUGCUGGCCCAGGUGGCCCGGCGGCCCCCCCCCGGCCCCCGCCUCCAGCUGGACGCCCCCGUGCUGCGCCGGGCCCUCGGUCACCCCCACGAUCAGGUGAGGGCGGCCGCCUGCAGCCUGCUUGGGAGCCUGAACCCGUUCGGCCCCGCGGGGCCCCCGGCCCUGGGGCCCGGCGUGUUCAGGGAGAUGGCAGACGGCCUGCGGGACCCCUGCGGCCCCGUGCGGAGGACGGCGUGCCUCGCGGUCGGGAGCUGGCUGGGCUUCAUCGGGGAGGCGGGACUGGAUGGAGGAGGAGGAGGAGGUGGAGGAAGAGGAGGAGGAGGAGGAGGAGAGAGAAGUGGAGUGGACGAGGAGCCGGGGAGAACGACAGCGGAAGCCUCGUCUCCGGCCCCGGGGCACAGAGCGGAGCCGCAGGGGGGCGGCGGCGGCGGCUGGGCGGAGGAGUCGUCGAGGGCCGCCCCCCUCCUGCUGUCGCUGGUGACCGACCCGGACGCCCUGACCCGCCGCCACAGCUGCGCGGCGCUGGGGAACCUGGGAGGAGUUCACGGCGCCAGCGGGUCCGGAGCACCCGCGGCGACCGCGGGGGAGGCGGACGCGUUGCGGCUGCUUCUGGCGGCGGCGUGCACGGACCCCCACGGCGGGGUGAGACGCACGGCCAUCGCCGCGCUCAGCGCCUACAGCCAGCGGGAGGCGCAGCGGCAGGUCCUGGUGUCUCUCGAUGCGUAUGAGAAGGUCCUGCAGGCGUCACACACUGCACCGCCACACUGUGACUACAGGCAGCUCAUCCACCACCUCAAGUGACCGCUGCCCUCCUGGGAGACACUUCUGUUCCUCUCAAAUAAAUGUUGUUCAAAAAAUAAAGUUGGUGCUACUUCCUCCGAACAUUAAACAAGACGUUCUGGAGGGGCGACACAGAAACCUGGUGUCACGUAUCGCGGCCUUAUGAGACGUGGACCAAACCAAAACGUGUCUUGAUUGGUUGAGUCAAGGGGAGGAGCUAACGAAGACUGUGGCCAAGCACAUGCAUGAGGAACAUGUUAAGGCCAUGCAGGAUAGCCUAGGUUUGGGCAUUUGACUCCCAGGUGAAAAGUUCUGGAUCAGACCCAGAAGUCCGCAGACGUCAUUGGGCCUAUCUGUAACUGAUCCUUAUGUUUUUGCAUUUUUUUGAUUUUUUUUCACUAACUUAAGUCACUUUGGAUACAUACGAUAUCUAUGACAUUGAUGUACAACAUGAUCUCCCACUCACAAGACAUAAGAUUGAUUAACAUGUAUUGCUCCAUGGUUACCAGUUCGACAGGUGCCGCCAGCAAAGCCUUAAAGCAGAUAGUUUGUGUCAGUGUAUCUUUUUGUGUGUGUGUGUGUGUGUGUGUGUGUGUGUGUGUGUGUUCUAGUCAGCCCCUGCUUGCGUCAUUCAAGGCCUGAAACGACUCUCACUGCUGCUGAUGCUGUUGUUUUUUAACAGGCCAAGUUACCUUCAAUUACACGUCUAACAACAAGAGGGACACAAACGCUAACAGGCUCCAUGUUACACCUCUAUGAAGCGACUCUUUCAUGUGUAUGCUUAUCUCGUAUUUUUUAUGUUUGACUAAAUGUUAUGAAGCACAUUUGAUGGUAAAACACUGACUUUGACUUUGAGAUUGUAAUAUGAACAGUCAGUUAUUCAGUGAAUUUCUCAGUUAGCUAGUUGGUCUUUCAAUCAGGUACUUGGCUAUCAGAAACCAUGAUGUUAGUGUAAUAAAUCCAGAAAAAUAAAUAAAGGAUAUUCGAACUUUG